AUGGAGGACGUGGACGAGUUCUUCCUGGAUGGGUGCUACGAGGAAGUGUUGACUGCUGCGGAAAGACGAAUGAUGGGAUACGACCCGCCAUUGAACCAACCAUUGGGAGAAACCGAGCUAGAACCAGAACUAGACCCAGAGCUAGAAGCAAUGGGGCACCCGUUUUACAACGAGAAGUUCCACCCUGCAUCACCGCCUCCCAUCACGCGUUUUGACCACAAUCCAGACAUUGCACCAGAAGGAGAAGAGGAGCUUCAGCCAGCAACGCUGAUCCCGGACUACAUCGACGAAAACGAGGACGACACGGGCCGAUCUUCAUUUAUUGACGUGGCCCGACGGAUAAACUUUGACAACGACAACGAUAUCGAUGUCGAUCAUGGUAACUCGGGGGACCACCGUCGUGAAAGUGCCAUGGCCAGCACCAGCAAGUCGCCGACGUUGAGCAGCAGCAAUAAGCAGUCCCCCUUGCGAUCGCCAUUGCCCGAACAGCAAAAGAACCAACCGAGACAAGACCAAGACGAUGAUUUGGAGGAGUACCCCGAUCACGACGAUUACGACGACCAUCAGGACCAGCAAGGCCAUCAGGACUACGGAGAAUAUGACCCCGGUGCCUUUGACGAUGGCAGCUACGCUCACGACGAAGCACCUUUGCUGGAAGAGCUCCCGUCUGCAUUAUUGAAGCCACGCGCGGCAUCCCCUCUGGACUCGCCCGAGCCGCAAUCAUCAUCACGAUCCGAUUCGCCCUCAUUUCAAGCUCAAGUGAUUGAUAAUCCUGCACGAGCCAAGAGGCGGAGAGUGCCGAGCGACGAAGAAGACUAUGAAGAAGUUGAAGAUUCGCCUUCGUUGUUCAUAGGUGAGGAAGAACCCACUACCGAGGAAGCCACCGCGUCGCAGUUUCUGGAAUUCGACGACCCUUCAAGCUCGCAAUACACCAAUUCUUCAUCAUCACAAUCAUCGCGCACCCACAACCGCAAUCGACGGCUGCAACAAUCACAACUGUCCAGUUACAUCACAACCACAUAUGACACUGAACUGCUACCAUCGCCUCCUCCCGAUGGGAUAAGACGCUCUCGCCGCACACGAAUCAAACCACUAGCAUACUGGAGGAACGAGCGUAUCGUCUAUUCCAAACCGAGCCAAGUCGAAGACGACAUCGCAGACACGACACUCGGCAGGGACAUACUAGAUUUGCCCUUGCGGCUGAUUAAGGAAGUGGUGCAUGUUCCAGACUCGAUUGCGCUCGCGAGAAACUACAAGCCAAGAACCAAGAACCGAGGUAGAAAGAGACAGAACACCAUUGCUGUUCCCUUGUCUCCUCGACCAUCAGAAGACGAAUUGGAAAAUGACAUCACGGGCGCGGAAUGGAUCAAGCAGGACUCAGAGUUGAAACUAACUGUGAUUGAAAAUGGCGAGCCUGUGGAACAGAUCGUGGCGUAUAAUCAAGACGGGAUCGAAUUCCCCACCGAUAACGCCGUUGACGAUGACGUUGGUGGCGAUGAAGAUCAACUCCAAGGUCAAGGACAAGCCCGGGGGACAAGAUUCAGCAUUUCGAUUUUGUUCAACGAGGACAACGAUUUCUGUUCGGUAGCCAUGUUGGAGAUCCCCGCCGGCGAAGUGAAGGCACCCGUGACGAUGACCACGUGCAACUAUGUCUUCACGGUGAACCGCGGCGUGAUUCAAGUGAGUUUGAACAAUCAGUUGUUUAUCGCUACAAAGGGCUGUGUGUUUCGAAUACCCAAUGGCAACGAGUACGGGUUCAGGAACGUGGGCAACGGUGCUGCCGUGUUGUUUUUCAUCCAGGUUCGUAUCCCCGAGGAGAUUGAGGUUGAAGGCGGUGGCGCCAUCCAGGAUUCGUUUGUAGAAAACACAUAA